AUGGCUCCUCCUGCUGCUACUCCUACAAUUCCAACUUCAACAACUCUUGUUGUCGGUCCUCCUCAACUGCUCACAAGAAGGUUAAUGUCUUCUGACUCUAACCUUGACAUGCCCGAGGCCGACAAGAUCUCCACCUCCCCUAUGUCGUUCUCCUCAUGGUAUUCCUUCGGUGAUCCCUGCCUUGAUCUGUUUUUUCAUGUGAAAAGUCGAGAUCAAGAUCACAUCAGUAACGACGAUGAAGACGACGACAUCAAGCAGGAGAGGCAGAAACAGACCUCCCAUUAUAACCAUUAUAAACUUAACUAUCUGAAGCAACUGCUGCCGGUGGCCUGCCUUCUAGAACAAGGCCAAGACGCUACUGCAGAGGAGAGGCCCCACCGCGACCCUGACUAUAAGUUGUUACACGACCAGGUUAUGGAUCUCUUGGCGGAGCGGUGGAAGUCUGAUAUUGAAAAAUUUAGGCAGCACAAGCUGGAACUAAAGUCAUUCCUAGAGUGGGACCAACUUGAUGAGGCUGAUCAUCUUUUGGUAUCCGGGACUGCAGCGGUUUGCAGCCUCCCCGACCCCCACACCAGCUCCAUUUUGCUUCCUGAAAGCAUUGCGAGGAGGCUUUUCCCACCAGAAUCGGAUCAAUCCAAAGAGUGGGAACGGCUAACCGACGCUUUGGAGCCCUUUUUGAAUUACUACAUGCAUCAAGCCUUACAUCGGAACCGCACACGAGAGCGCUCUGAGGUUAAAAAAUGUUUGGAGGAGGUGAAAGCAGCAGCUGCAGCAGGAGGCAAUUUAGGAGGUGGCAUAAUAAAGCCGGAUGCUUUGCUUCCAAAUGAGAUCAUAAAAUAUGCAGAAGAUGAGGAUUUCUGGGAAGCGGCUAACCUUCAGUGGAAGGCAAUGGUGGAGGACAUGUACCUAAAGCAGCAGCAAAAGCAGGGGGAAGAAGGUUUGGGCAAAUUUAAAAACUGUUUGGCAGUGUGUAACAUCACCGAUCACACGGCCAAAUUACAAAGAGAAUUGGAGGUGAGUUUGGGACUUUUGGUUUCGGAACUGAAUGAAGAUCCGGCAUGGAAAGGAAAGGUAAUCAGUUUCGGUGAUUUGCCCGAUGGUCAGCCUCAGCCGCUGCUGCAUUCGAUACAAGGCAAUGAUCUAAAGUCCAAGUGCGAGUUUAUGAUGAGGACAUGUCGCAUGAAGUCCAACAAGAGUGUCGAUUAUCGGAAGGUGUGUGAUCUGAUUCUGGAAGUGGUUGAGAAUGAGAACUUGAAGGCAGAGCAGAUGAUCAAGAAAGUGUUUGUGCUCACCGACUGCAUAGGAUUCUUUAACUGCACCUCGAAGACUCUGUAUGAAGCAAAACAGAGCAAGCUUGAGGAGCUUGAGGCUUCCGGAUAUGAUGCGAGGCCAUUGCCACACAUUUUGCUUUGGGAUAUUAGUGACUGGAAGUAUCCUCAUUCAGAAGAACAUCAUCCAGGGGUGACGAUGAUGAGUGGCGUCAACAACAAUUUGAUCAAGUCCUUCAUGGACAAUGGUGGGGAAAUUGGCCCGCGACAGGUCAUGGAAGCAGCCAUCGCUGACAAAGAGUUUCAAAUUUUCUCUGUCGUCGACUGA